AUGGUGGACAGCCUACUGAGUACAGACAUCUAUGAGAGCUUCAACUUGUACUCACAUCCCGAGAAAUUCUUUUUGGAACCCACGGAUUUGGGUGGUGGCGCCGCGUCGAAGCAUUAUUUGGAAAUCGAUCGGCAUACGAAUGUGAUGCGGAUUGUUGAUUCCCGAAAACAACGUGUCCCAAUCGCCGACACCGAUAUCAAAUUCAUCUACGGAAUCCUUGGAACCAUUAAACUAGUCUCCGGUUACGCCCUAAUCGUGAUCACAAAAGCCUCAUUUAUCGGUCAAAUCAGUAAUCAAAACAUCUGGACAAUCCAGGAUACGGAGAUCAUUCCAUAUAAGAAGACGACACUUCAUUUGACUGAAAAACAGAUAAGAUACAAUCGAAUGUUCACUGAUAUGCUGACUCAUGUCCUAUCGAUCGGCGGAUUCUAUUACUCGACGACACUCGACAUUUCUAGAACUUUCCAAUGGCUUCAGGAGAACGCUGUGCCGCUUUUUAAGACUCGUAGCAUGAUAGAUAGAGCCAGUGAGAGAUUUGUGUGGAAUGGACAUUUGUUGUCUCAAAUAAGACAGGUUCCUGGGGCGGAGAGAUACACACUUCCAGUGAUUCAUGGAUUUAUUGGACAGAAUCGAGUGAAUGUUAAUGGAAAAGAGAUCAAGUUGACGAUUAUUUCAAGACGCAGCAUUUUUAGAGCCGGUGUCCGUUUCUACAAACGAGGAGUCGACGUCGAGGGGCACGCAGCGAAUUUCGUGGAAACCGAGCAGAUUGUCGAGUACGAUUCACCCGAGAAACACGUCACCUCAUUCGUUCAAAUCCGUGGAUCCAUUCCACUUCUAUGGGCUCAAAAACCGAAUCUCCGUUGGCAACCGAUGCCAACUCUGAAGCCGACCGACGAUCAGUUGGCCGCUUUUGUGAAAACUUUCAGUUGGCACAAACAGCAUUACGGUGGAAAGCAUGUCAUUGUGAAUCUGGUGAAUCAGAAGGGAAGAGAGAAGAAGGUCGGAGGAGAGUUGGAGAGAAUCGCCAGACAGGCCAAUAUCGAUUUUGUGAGAUACCACCAAUUCGACUUCCACAAAGAAUGUCACGCGAUGCAAUGGCACCGUAUCGACCUGCUCCGUGAGCAACUGAGUCAAGAGAUCUCUCAUUUCGGAUACUUUUAUCUCUCGCCUUCCAGCAUUGAGACAAGUCGAUUCCAACGUGGAUUCUUCCGAACGAACUGUAUGGAUUGUCUCGAUAGAACCAAUGUGGUUCAGUCGAUGUUGGCGAGAGAGUCUUUGACGGAGCAAUUGAGAAUGUUGGGCAUACUGUAUCAGGAUCAGAAAGUACAGGAUGUUCCCUUGUUGGAGGGACUUUUUAAGCAUAUGUGGGCCGACAACGGUGAUGAAUGCAGUCGUCAAUACGCGGGCACUGGCGCCCUGAAAGCCGACUUCACUCGACUCGGCAAACGAACAUAUCUCGGAGCGAUGAACGACGGCGUGAACGCAGUCUCCCGAUACGUUCGCAACAAUUUCGGCGACGGAUAUCGUCAGGACGCCAUCGAUCUAUUCCUCGGAAACUUCCUCGUCGACUCGUCCGAUCUGCCGAAUUCUCUGGAAACUUCGAUUUUGUCGACUGAUCAGAACGGACUGGCGCUGAUUGCCGCGUUAUUCGCAAUGUCGAUGACUAUUUUGUGUCUUUUGGUUGCAGACAACGCCACGGCCACCGUCUUCUGGCUGAUCAUCUUCUUCGUCUGUAUGAUGUUCAUCUUCUUGAAUGGCGAGGAGUUUGUGAACACUCCAAAGCUGAAACUCGAUUAA